AUCUUUGUCAUCUGUACUGAUGAAGGCGAGGUUUUUCAGUAAAUGGGCCGACGAGUCCGACCGCCCAUCUCCAUCCGGUUUCCUCUUGAAUGAAGCCUGUCUAAAAUAAUGGCGCGUCAUCAACUGCCCAUUGCUCAUUAUUCACGACUAGUACAGGCUUGUGGAUUGUAUAUAUAUUAAUCGGUGAUCAAUGAUCAAAUCGGAGCUAAGCUUCCAACUCACUGCCUCUCGGAGCCUCAUGUUCACCGCCGAGCCAGGCCAGCAGCUUCACACCGGAUCCAGCCUAGCCACGAGUCAAACCGCCCCUGCCUAUAUAAAGUCCCAAGCUUUGCCUCCGUGCUUGCCUUGACCUGUAUACUAGGUUUGUGCACCUUGGCCGCUGCAGGCUUCCUGCCACUGGAACCUACGCUUUUGCCCAUGGAUUCCACCAAGCAGCUCGCUCUCCCGUCGAUUUCCAACAGGAGAAGCGGCAGCGUCGUCGGCGAGGUGGCCGCGGCGGCGGAGCGGUCGGGCCUGGCGACCGCAUCGUUCCGGGUGUAUUACGGCCUGCGCCCGGGCGCCGUGCCGUUCCUGUGGGAGUCGACGCCCGGCACGCCCAAGGCCGCCGGCGCCGGCGCCACGGCUUCCGUCUCACCCGCCGAGAUGGCAGGCGCUGACGCUGAGCUCCCGCCGAUAUCGCCGCCGCCGUCGUACUACUCGUCCCACAUGAAGAAGGGGAGGAGGAGGUGCCGGGCGGGCUGGGUCCUGGAGGCGCUGCUCGCCGCGCUCGGCGUCAGGAGGAGGCCGCGUCGGCGUCCAGCCUCGCGCCUUUGAGCUGAUGCCGCGUCGUUUCCCGGGCUGAAUGCAUAUUAAUAACGCUAUGAUACAAUCAUUGUACAAUGUUCCAUAGCAAACUCUGUUCUUGCAAAUGCAGGGGAUAUAUAUAUAUAUAUAUAUAUAUAUAUAUAUA